AACACAGAGACAAUGUAGACAUAACAAGACAGCAGAGGAGCUCUGCACACUUAAAGCUGGGCUCUGCAGGCGAGACCUGACGCAAUCAUGCUACUGGUAUUGAGAGCUUUGCUGGUGCUGGGCCUGGCCACGCUGUUGCACGCCGCUGGGAAAGGCCAGGCGGUUUCCCUGAGGUUGGGGCAGGGAGUCAGACCGAGGGGCAAGACGGUGAGACUGAUCCUGGAUCCGUCAGUGCGUCCUCAGAUGGCCAGCACGUCUACCUCAACUAUUGCCAACAUGUCUCUGUCACCAUGGACGUACAGAGACUCCUGCGUGGCAUCUCGGUUGCCCCAGCGGAUCUCUCACGCUCACUGCCUGACCUCUGGCUGUCUGAGCCUGCCGGGGGGAAGAGAGAACGCAGCCCUGGAGGCCAAACCUAUCUAUUACCAGGUCCUGGUCCUCCACAGAGUCCGAAGGCCACGGCGCACUAAGAACGGGAAGAUGAAGAACAGGUAUGACUUCAGACUGGGGACGGAGGUGAUCACAGUGGGGUGUACCUGCGUGAGGCCCAGUGUCCUACCACAGCAGUAACACACAGGAGCCACUCUAUCUCUAUCUCUUUCUAACUUAAACUUAAAGGUCCCAUAUCAUGCUCAUUUUCAGGAUCAUACUUGUAUUUUGUGUUUCUACUAGAA